CAAAGCAACAACUUUUCAAAUCUGUUUUGCCUUAAUAUUAAUAUGUGUUACUCCUGCUAACUGCCUCAUCUAUAUAAAUUCCCAGAAAGUUAAGCUGUUAAGACAGUACUAUUAUCAUAAUAAAAUUCACAUUUUGGUACUGGAUAUUGUACAUUUCUUUAUUCAGUACUGACAGUUGCCUAUAGCCCAAUGCUUGGAAUCAUUUUUCCAAUAUGGCGGACGACGGUGUCGCUGCGGCGCAGGCGUUAUUACUAUGUUGGGCCGAUCUGUGUAGAUCUAUGAUCUGAACAUCUGGCGGAGUGACAGCCACACAUGGCACUUUAUUGCACAGCUUUUGUCCCUCUUUAGUCGUUUUCGUUUUAGAACUUCCCUAAGGAUGGCGGACAUGAGCGGAGGCGCACGGCAGAAAGGCAAACUUCCGUCCCAACGAAUCGUCGAUCGUGUGUUCGCUGCGCUUCGGGGACGGUUGUCCGGCCCAUAGAUAUACAUACGUGGGCAGGCCGCCAUAUUGGAAAAAUGCGGUCGUCCAGAGGCACGCAGUGCUACGCGUUUAACUGCACCAAUUACAGAAACAAACAGAGCAAGGAGAAAGGCUUGUCAUUUCACAAAUUCCCGAACAAAGAGAGGGAUAAGGAAAGAUAUCAAAUGUGGAUAAGGAACUGCAGGCGUGAUCGUCCGCCAGGAAAAGGUAGUGUGCUCUGCAGCAAACACUUCAACGGCGAUCAGUUUGAUCGGACCGGACAGAUCAUUCGCUUAAAGGACGGAGCUGUGCCCACUUUAUUCGCCUUCCCUGAGCAUUUACAGCCUGUGCCCAUGCUGAACGUGCCGAGGAGGGGUGACGACACCGCGACGGAACAGGGCCAAAGUCGUGGUAACGGAGAGCAGAGCAAUCCGCUUGGCCCUAAACGAAAACGGCUUUAUAAAGAGAUGCUGGAGGACGGUCCGGCCGGAUGCAGCUCUGCACAAAGCUCCCAGUCCGAGAAGGUGGUAGAUCUGGAGAACCGCUAUCCGCCUGGCUCCUGGGAGCAGGCCACCGUGGAGGCCAUAAUGAAGCUGAGAACACUAGACACAGCUGCCACCACGUCUCACGUUGCCCAGAUGAUCAUCGCCAACCUGAAGGACGAGAACGACUUCCUGCGAGCGCAGAACGCGAAGCUGCGGUCGGAGCUGAAGGCCAUGCGGACGAAGCAUGAGGCUGAGCUGCGUGGCGCCAUGCAGGACGAUCCUGCUGAGGAUAUGGGACAUGUGGGCAGAUCCCCCUCUGCAGAGGCCAUACCCGAAGACACAGUGCUCGCAGAGCCAGCUGGUUGCAUCCCAGUCACCACACUGUCCCAUGUUCAUCAAGAAACAGGAACAGAUGCAAUCACUGAAGAAGCCGAUAAAAGUGAAGUCCACAUAUGUACUACAGACUUGGACAGCAAUUCAUCAGUCUUAUAAAUGGACACAAUGUUGAGCCAGCAUCAGAUAUGCACCCCUCUUAGCCUAAUGCCCCUCAUAUAGUUCAGGAGAAAUGCUAAUGUAUUAAAAGUAAUUCAGGGAAAAAUAAUGCAGAUGGCAAGUCCCCUCAAUAUUAGGUUGCUCGGAAAUAUGAAAUAUUUUUACUUGCAUGUAGCGGGUGAUGGGAAUGCACUUUAAGGGUCAGCAGUCUGCUCAAGUGGGGUACCACAUGGAGGACUACAUUAUGAAGACAAAUGUCUAAAUUGAAUUGGUUUUCACAUGGCUGUGUGGUGAAGCUGUUUUAAUGUCUUCCCUUUAAAUGUUUCUCUUUAG